AUGUCGAGCAGGUACCACAAAGCAGCGGCUGAUGGCAAUUUGGACCUGUUGAAAGAAGCCACUAAGAGGGACCUCAAUGCUUCAGAUGAAGACGGGAUGACUCCUACCCUUCUGGCAGCAUACCAUGGUUAUCUAGAAGCUCUGGAAGUCAUAUGCCGGAGGGGAGGUGAUCCGGACAAAUGUGACAUCUGGGGGAACACACCUCUGCACCACGCAGCCUGCAAUGGCCACAUCCACUGUGUUUCCUUCUUGAUCAACUUUGGUGCCAAUAUAUUUGCCCUGGACAACGACCUCCGCACUCCCUUGGACGUGGCUGCCAGCAGGGACCGCAAUGAGUGUGUCAGAAUCCUGGACAAAGCUGUCAGUGAGCAGAACAUGCUGAACCCAAAGAAGACCUCCAGACUCAAAGCACAGGCUCUGAGGAACAUGGAGAAACAAAUCAAGGAAUGCGAGAAGCGCCAAGAGAAACAUCAGCAUGAAAUGAACCGGAGUUAUAUGAAAGAAAAGGUUGGCACAGUAAAUUCUUCCAAAGGGACACACUCCAGAGUAAAGCUGCCCAGCCUCUUUACUGCAAAUGCAGGUACUUUCUCCAAAAAUCUGAAAGAUACCUUCAAACUGAAAGCAAAAAAGGCAGCUGACAGCACAAAGAGCCAGGAAACACAAAACAAUGACCAAGAAGAUGUUACAGGUAGGAGAACUGUGCUGCAUUUUUUUGAUGAGAAAGAGGAAGAUGAAUUACUGAAUGAUCUCGGAGAGAAAAACUUUUCUGAUGACAGCCAGUUGUCCAUUUUCAAGAGGCCAGGUCUUGGCAAAAUUGUAUUUGGAAGGAAUUUGGCUGCGGAUGUAAAUCCUGGAACUGUGUCUUCUGAGAAAGAAGGUAUAAGUUUCAAAAUGUCCAGUGAGCUCUUUCAGUAUGAAAAUGCUGAGAACGGCAGGGAAGAUGAUGCUAAAAAUGGUGCUGAUAUCCCUUGGCAAGAGGAAGAAGUCAUUUGGGAUGAUGAGGAAGCAGAGAGCACACCCCUUGAGGUAUUUCUGGCGUCACAGACGCUGGGUGAGUUUCUUCCAGUCUUCAUGAGGGAGAAAAUUGAUUUAGAUGCCCUAAUGCUAUGUUCUGAUGAAGAUCUACAAAGCAUUCAGAUGGAGCUUGGACCAAGAAAGAAAGUCCUGAAUGCCAUUAAUAAAAGAAAACAAGCACUCCAGAACCCUGGAAAGACUGUAGAUACUUGCUUAUGAAUUAACAUCCCUAUUGCUGUAACCUGCACACUGAUUUGUUCUUUUAUUC